AUGUCAUGCAAAAGCACGCAGCUCCCCCCAGACAUACGCCUGGGCUUCGUGAAAAAGGUCUAUGGCAUUCUCGGCGUGAUGCUGUUAAUCACAUUUGGCCUUGCCCAGUUCUUUGUGUUCCAGAAAGAAGCCACACUAGCCUUCCUCAGGGCGAACAUGUGGAUCGUGGUCACGGUCGGGAUCAUCGUUGUGGCGCAGCUCUUCUUCGACAUCGCAAUGUCAUGCCAGCUGUGCUGCGGCGGCUCUAGCUUGAUUAGAGGCUACUUGAAGAUGAUGGUGACCCCUCCGUGGAACUACUUGUACCUGAUGGUCUUCUCAGUCUGCUUUGGUGUUCUUGUUGGCUAUGUUUGCGCAAGUUACACUGCCGAGUCUGUGUUGCUUGUAUUCGCGCUAACGGUUGUCAUGAUCGUGUGUUUGACCGUCUAUGCAGUGCGUACGUCAGCCGAUUUCACUGGCUGGGGUCCACACAUGUUGGUCAUUUGCGUGGGGCUGCUGCUCCUCCUCUUGAUGUAUUUCUUGCUACCUGACAGAACUCUGUUUAGCCGACUUGCCGGCGCUGUGUGUGCAAUCAUCUUUGGCAUGCUCAUUGUGCACGACACGCAGCUCAUCUUCGGGUCUGCUGCGCUCGGGUUCGGUGGCUCUGCGAAGCAGUACGAGUACACCAUUGACAUGUAUGCAUUUGCAGCUUGGAAUCUCUACCUGGAUUUCAUCACAUUCUUUCUGUACAUGCUUCAAUUUCUGGGAAACAGGGAGUGA